AUGCCUCAUCCCAAUAGGUUCCAGAGCUCGCCCAACCUGCGACUGCCCCCUUCGCAGGGUUUGGAUACGUGCUUGUCCGUCAAUUGCAGUUCCAUGUCUAAGCCAGAAUCAUUCUCCUACAAUGCUUCCCUCCGGAGACUCGGCUCCAGACGUCCUCGCCCGUCCGCUGCCUCUAUAGCAGACCUUUUCGUCAGCUCGCUGGUGAUGGCAGGCUACUGCCGGGAGCACUCCCCUCGAGGACGAGGGCUGUCAACAAUGUCUGUGAAGACUUCGAGGGGCGAGAUGGCGAGAUGGCGAGACAGGGGUGUGACGAGCACAGUGCAUUUGUCGAAAAGACGCCUGGAUUAUCUAGGGUCACCGGCGAAGUGCCUGGGGGUGGUGCACCGUCCAAGAACACAACGGAUGUUUAACUCCGGCAUUGCGCAAAAGUUAGAAGACGACGAGAACGAAGACAUUCAUAUAUCAAACCGAUCAAUAGAGAGACCUUCGCCUAGGAUACAUCACAAAGAUGCGGAAUCAGACCAAAGGCCACAUUUACAUGGGAGGUUACCACCACCGCAACACGCGCUCGAAGAAUUGAAUUGCGAGUCGAUGACAGGCACCUUCACUCCAGAGUCAGAACAGAACACUCCUUGCCUUGCCUCCAGAGAAAGCGCACUUGACCACCAAGUAGAUCCGCCUGCGCUGCCGACCCUAUCCCGCUACCACGGGAAGACGAGCCCGGCUAAAGAAUUACACGAAGCUACCUCAAAACUAUACCGUUCUGUGUUUGGGGAUUCCUUAGAUUGGAAGCAGGCUGUUGACACUGUUGUUGAUGAUGGGCAGGUUGAAUCAUCGUCACCUCGACCUGUUGUGCUUCGUAAGGAUAAUAAAGAAGAUGCCGUUGAGCUCCAGUCAGUUGCGGUAUUCGUUGAAGCCAUGUGGGACGAAAAAAAGUCCAACCAAUAUAUUUUCCGACUGUACAGAGAUCUUCCAUACCCAGGGGUUUCGUACUUGUCAAAAAAGUCACGAGGGGCACUUUUGCGGCGAUUCGCUAACCCUCCUAACCGCCGGUGGGUUGAUGCUCGCCGCUACCUCGGGAUAAUAGAAGACAUGGUAGCUGCAAAACUUCCGGUGUCGCGGUCAUUGUGGAGCUCUGCUAUUCAUCUGGCGGGCCGUGCAUCUGGCAAAGUGUGCAAGAGGGAUUUGGUGAGAUCAAUCGGUCUAUGGCAGCAAAUGGAGCAUGUGGCCGGGGUCAAGUCAGAUGGCGUCGUCUUUAACAUCCUUUUCGACAUAGCCAUUAAAGCUGGUCAAUUCACAGUCGCAGACCGUCUAAUGGAGGAAAUGGCGAAACGUGAAAUAACUUUUACUCGCCCUGGAAAGGUUUCCAAAAUGUACUACUGUGGAAUGCAGCAGGAUGCGGAUGGCAUCCGUCAGACGUUCGAUGCCUUCGUGACUAGUGGGGAGAUUGUUGACACAGUGGUACUGAACUGCCUGAUAGUAUCCUUUCUUCGGGCUGGGGAGACGAAGACUGCCGAGCAAUUAUACCAUCGCAUGAUGCAGGCACAGAACACAGUUGAGCUUGAUCUCGAGAGGCUACAACAUGGGCCGAGUUUGACCUCGGAGUUCAUCGUUUAUCGCAAGAAGUCCAGAAAGCUCAAUCGGCUUUUACAAGUAUCUGCUUCUCUUAAGGACCGACUACCCGAACACCAUCGAGCUCUGCAGGAAGCCCUUCCUAUGACACCUGAUACGCGGACAUUCCAUAUUCUUCUUGCUCAUCACGCCUAUCGAUCGGGCAACUUACACGCUUUCAUGUCGGUUAUAGGUGACAUGGAAAAAACCUUUACAGUUCCGCCGCGUGGAAUGAUAUAUCUGUUGCUUUUCGACGGGUUUGCUUACAAUGGCCGAAAGAGAAAGGGUUGGACUGCUGAACGGCUGUGGAAUGCAUGGCGAGCGUAUCUUCGCGCUCUUUACGAAUCAAAGAGCAGAUUCAAUGACCGCUUUCAUCUUCGCACGGCAAAGCUCGUUUGGGAAAAUCCGCUAGGAAGUAGCGCUGCAUUGCUGGCAGCACAGACACCUGCACUGCCAAGAAAACCAAUGGGUUUAUACACCCCAUUGCCAUCGGGCAAGUCCGAGGCAAAUACUACGUCUGCAGAACACCAGCAGGAGCAAGUAGACGAGACUGACGAAGCAAGCAAGGAGGAUGUCAACGAACUAGGUGCCAAUGACGGAACAACCGAAUUCGAUGAUGACAUUGAUACCGACGAGCUGUUCAAUUACCGGGGCCGAGACCAGCAUGCCGAGAAUGGCGAGCUUGAAGUGCUGGAGCGCCAGAUCGAGAAUGGAGUAUUUUUAGGUCGUCGGAUGAUUAUCAUUAUUCUUCGAGCAUUCGGUGCCUGCUGCGGACCGAAGGAAGUUAUGGAGGUCUGGCUGCACAUCGAACGACUUUGGCAACCCAAAAGACGCAAAGCGCUUGACGUCAUGGCCGUGAAGGAGGAACUGGAGAAGCAGAUAAACAAAGGCAGUAGGAGACACUGA